UGGUAAAGUUGACUUGUGCGGUACAAUUUAGUGGUGUAGCCGUCCCAACCCUAAAAAUCGGGUUUGUCUACAAUAAUUUCCUUUACUAAUUGAUACGUCUAUUAUUGUGAGACUGUGGAGUAAACAUCUGAACUUGUUUCUUUGUAUGGGCUCAAAGUCAAAAGCUCAUGGGAAUCGUAAAAAAUGUAAAAAGAAUAAUGUUCACUUAGAAGCUCAACAGGAUCGAGCAUCUAAAGUAUGUUGUAAAGGAAAUGAUGAAAAUGAUUAUUAUCUGAAAAAUGAUCCAUCAGCGCCGGAAUUCCGUCAGCAAUUAAAUCAACUUGGUUUAGAUUUCCGGGAGGUACCAUCAGAUGGAAAUUGUUUAUUUUCAUCGUUAUCUGAUCAAUUAUAUGGAACAAUAACUAAUCAUAAAGAAGUUCGUGAACAAGCUGUACUUUAUAUAGAAAAACAUAAAGAAGAAUUUGAGGCAUUUUUCGAUGUCAAAGAUAGACUAAAUAAACUUCGAUCACUUGGAACUUACGUUGGUCACGAGUGUAUCAUUGCAAUAUCACGGCAUUUUUCUGUAUAUAUUAUUAUACAUCAACUAAAACAAAAACCUUGGCUAGCCGGAACUCCUGUUAUCGACAAAACACAUGUCAACGUUUCUACCUACCCUCAAUUACAUUUAGCUUAUCAUAAUGGUGAACACUAUUCAAGCGUACGAGUUUUCGGAGAUAAUUCCAGUAAUCCUACAAGAAUAAGAAUUUGUAUUUCAACUGAUAAUUCUGCUUCAUAUGCAAGCAAUACAUCUGAUAGGAAAUGUGUGGACUACUCUUCUGAUGGCUCGGAUGAUAAAAGCUCUAUUCAUUCAUGUAAAAAUUGUGAUAGACAGUCGAAUAAAAUUUCUAACUGUAAUACAGACUACUUUCAAACAUUUCCAUUUCGCAGAAAAUUAAGUAAAAAAGGAAAACGUCAACUUAGACGUAUAUCUCUUGAAUUGUCUAACUCCGAAUUUGUUAUUAAAUCUAUUUCUGCUCUACAUAUAUAACUUAUAACUGAUUGUCACUCCUUUUUUUCUUGUCACAACGACUUUUCUGCUUCUUAUUUCAUACUAGAUAAUAAAUUGUAUAUUUGAGAUUUUCGUAUUUUUUUCUCGAUUAUUGAACUAUAUUUAUUAAUUUUAUAUUUUACAACUAUGUAGUUUUCACGAAUAUAUGAUUGCAGUGUACUUAUUCCAGAUUACAUUCUUUCUUAGUA